CCAUGUGACCUCGGUGAUCAUUCACAGAUUUCACUAGUAGCAAGCAAUGAUGUCAGAAGUGACAUCUUGCUUAUUACUAUUCAUGUGAUCACUGAUUGGCCAAUCACUGAUCACAUGAUCGGGACCUCACACAAAGGUCCCGUACAGCGAUCAGUGUUCCACUGUGUGAGAGGACACAGCGGGCACUGGAUCGCGUGUGCUGCGCGCUCCUAGGCUAAAAUGGCGGGCGCUGUUUAUGAACGGCAACCCGCCCUGGCCCAUGUAUAUAAACGGCCAGAUGGGAA